GCAGCGACCAGCUCAAACUAGAUUUUCAAAACAAAGAGUAGCGGAGGAGGAGCUGCACUUGCCAAAGGAAAGCAGGAGAGUUUACACACACACACACACACACACACGCAAGCUCUCUGGUGGUGAAGGACCUCUCCCACAGCAACAAGGAUGAGGGGUAUAUUCUCAGUAUCGAUCAUGCUGCUUGUGGCUUUGGCCCUUGCUGUGGAAGCCGUAAAGACGAAAGAGAAAGCGAAGGAAGUGAAAGCAGACGUCGAUUGCUCUGAGUGGCAAUAUGGGAAAUGUGUGCCCAGCAGCGGUGACUGUGGCGCGGGUGUCCGUGAGGCCACGUGCAACGAGCAGACCAAGAAACAUAAGUGCAAAGUGCCAUGCAACUGGAAGAAGGACUUUGGAGCUGAUUGCAAGUACAAAUUCGGCCGCUGGGGGGAGUGUGAGGCAGGCACUCGAAGCAGGUCUGGAGUACUGAGGAAAAUUCUGUUCAACGCUGACUGCCAGGAAACCAUCAAGGUGAACAAACCUUGCAGUCCAAAAACACCCAAACCCAAGGGCGGUGAAAAGAAAGCAAAGAAAGGAAAGGAAAAUUAAGUCAUCGAGAGUGUGUAUGUGUGUGUGCGUGUAUGCGUGUGUCUUUCCUCCAACAUAUAAGUGGAAUGGCGCUUAAUCUGCAAUGAGGGGGGGAAAAUUGUAACCCUAUCUAUAUUUGAUUGUCUUUUGUUGAUACAGUUGUGAUCGUUUCCUUUGUCAUAUUUUGAAAUCAUUUUUUGUAGGAAGCUGAUAACUGUAAUUCACAUGACAUUUAUUGAAAAAAAGAUUAUUUACUAAAGAAGCAUGGAUAUUUUCUUUUUUGGCCUCUUGAUCUUCGAUCAAAAUACUGCAGCUGUAGAUUUUACGAAACAAUUUUAACACCCAGCGAUCAACAUGGAUCCUUACUUGUAUUAUGUCAGUUAAAAGAAACCCCUCGAAUUUGUAAUACGCUUGCAAUGGUAAGACGAACCGCUCAGCUACGCUUAUAAAUGUUUCUAGAUUUGUAAUCAGUGUUCAAUCAGCAUCACUAACAGAUACUUCUUCAGGUCUGUGAAUAAAUUAGUUUUUUUUCUCUCUCCAAUGCUAUUCUCUUUUGCAUCCCCCCCUCACCCCCCCACCACUAACAUCCACAAGAGGUUUUGGGGACACUGUUAUUUUUUUUUUUAAACUAAUAGUAUCAGUUUUUGACUUUGGAAAUUGACACCAAACUCCUGACUUCACUCUGUGGAGCUACAGAUAAAGAAGAACGUUCAUGGUUGCAAUAUAACUUUUACCGCAAGUAGACAACCAGCUCAAAACUGCAAACACAAAGAUUUUGUGGGUUUUUUUUUCUCCUUAUAUAAGCAACACGAGAAUGAUCGGAAUCCUAUGUGAAAAUAAGCAAACUUAUUAGUCAAUAUCAAUAAAAGGUACUUUGAGCUUCAA